AUGGUUGGAGUUCCCGGGCGCUCCAAAGGCUGCAACACGUGCAGGAAGCGUAAGAAAGGCUGCGACCUGCAACGACCUUCAUGCGGGCAGUGCUUAAAGGCUGGCUUAGUAUGUGCAGGCUACGAAAGGAAGCGCAUCUUUGUCAAUGUUACCAAGACAUCAACAGGCAAAGACUUCAAGGUGACGACUUUGAUGCCGGUCUCACCUGCGCUGAUUCAAACACGCUCGUUAUCUCAGUCCGCCCUUGAGGAGCGGAUCCUCGAGCUCUUUUGGGAUGGCUACAUGCCUGACGCUCCGCUAUGUAGUCCCAGGAGUCCUGUCAUGCGAUAUUCCAACGCAGACUGGGCAAUGACCGUGCGAGAUCUCUAUCGCACCGACGCCGCCUUGCGUCUGAGCUUAUUGGCACUGAGUCUGGGUACAAUAGGUCGUCGCGACAAGCAGCAGUGGAUGAUAGACGAUGGUCUCAAGUUCUAUUGCAACGCCUUGACUGAGAUGAACGUUGCCCUAAGGCAUUCAAGGAGAUGGAAGUCAGAUGCCUUGAUGGUGACUUCGAGAAUCCUCGGCUUCUAUGAGCUGCUCUAUGGCGCAGACGACCGAGAGCGGCAUGGUAUCUCUCAAGCAGAAAGCUGGGAGGGCCAUUCUUUAGGCGAACUUGCCCUCAUAAUGCAGCGAACCCCGGAGGGGCAUAUUGCCGGUCAUGGCCACGACUUGUACGCUUCAGGGCGACUUCAUCUGGUCAUAUCUCACAUCAAGCGUAGACGAAGGUUCCCGCUAAGCCAUCCAGCUUGGAAAACUAUUCCGUGGCAGACUAUCCCAAAGACCCCGAAGGAUAUCCUGAUUGACGUGUUCGUUGACAUCCCUGGACUCCUUGAAGACCUGGAUCAAAUGAAUUGCUGUAAAGACACAGAGGAGAAAGAAUUGAGGCGCAGCGCACUCAUCCAAGAGUGUUGGCGAGUCGACGGAGAGCUCAACUGGUGGCUCGAUAAUCUGAGCCCAAAGAAAGAACUCGAAGAACUCGCGACUCGGGGCUCGGAUAGUCCCACGGCUUGUGACGUUGCCGUUGCCUCGAUCAUCACGCUAUACUGGACGAUCUGUAUUCUCACCUAUAGCACUCUCCGUCUUGCAACUGGACCAACAUCUUCGGCGCUGCCCGAGCGAACGGACCCCCGUCUCUACUGCACAAAGAUCGCCAAUAUUGUCGACGUCUUCUUCCAUCCAUCCGCGGGGACGUUCGGAAUACAAUCAGCGCCAUUGCCAAUCGGCAUGGCUCUGGUAUACCUGAACUCGUACGAAGAAGGGUUCAACUCGGAAACCAAGUAUAAGCUGGUGAGCUUCUUUGGACGGACGGCAAAUAACGGCAUCAGUGUAGGGAAGUUCUUGAUGAGCACCCAAAGAGAUGGGCUCAAGCCCAAGACCAGUGUGGAAAUUUCGCCCGAGGGUAUCAAGGCAAAAGCAAGAAGUUGGUUGGGCGUAGUACCCCGAAAGGGACCAGUCUGCCAACCAUUGCAAACAUCCUCAAGCCAAACACUGGCCUGCCAGUGA